AUGGAGAUGCUCUCCAGCGCGGUGGUCGGCGAGCUCGUGAACCGGUCCAUAUCGUUCCUGGUGUCCAGGUUCGAGAAGGAGACGCCGACGGCGACCGCGGAGGACAUGCAGCGGCUGCGCCACCAGCUGCUGAGGAGCGGCGCCAUCGUCCGGGACGCCGAGCAGCGGCACGUCCCGAGCAAGGCCAUGCUGCUGCAGCUCAAGGCCCUGAGGGACGAGACUUUCAGGGGCUACUACAUCCUCGACGUCGCCUGCUGCCGCAACGCCCUCCGAGGAGGAGACAGGCGGCGGCGCAACGGCAACGAUGAGGCAGAGGACGACGGCGGCGACGAGGUGGGACGCCGCGCGUUUUCCCUUUCCAGGUUCAACCCGGCGAAGCGCGUCCGCUUCCGCUCCGGUGCUCCAGAGACCGAGCCGGUGCCGGUGGAUCUGCAGCAGGUGGCUCGCAGCCUGGAAGUCAUCAUCAGCGACAUGAAGGAGUUCGUCAUGUUCCUGGGGAGCUACCCGCCCUUGUACCGUCAGCCUUACAGCGCCCACAUGUUCCUGGAGAAGUGCAUGUUCGGCCGCCACAUGGAGAAAGAGAGGGUCAUAGAUUUCCUGCUGCAAACAACGGAGCCUCCUCCUGGUGCUGAGAACCUAGACGUGCUCCCGAUCGUCGGCCCCGCGUACAUCGGGAAGAGCACCCUUGUGGAGCAUGUUUGCCAAGAUGAAAAGGUGCGCGGCCACUUCUCCCUGAUCCUGGUUUACAGCAGGAACUGCCUUAGAGAUGAGACGGCGGCAGGUUUCAGAGACAACUGCGUGAUCAAGCACCAGAAUGACAGUGCCCUAGAGGAGAAGCUCCUGAUUGUUGUUGAGCUCUCAGGGGAUGUGGAUGAUGAGACAUGGGAGAGGCUGUACUCGUCCGAAAGAGGCAUGCCACAUGGGAGUAAAAUGAUCCUCACCAGCCGAUCCAAUGAGAUAGCGAGGUUUGGGACAACACAAGCUCUCUGUUUGAAAUGUCUGCCAACAGAACCCUAUUGGUAUUUCUUUAAGAGGCUUGCCUUUGGAGGUGAUGAUCCAGAGCAGCACCCAAAGAUGGCAUCCAUAGCUAUGGAGAUGGCACGUAAGAUGCAAGGAUCUUUCAUGUACGCGCACAUUGGUUCAGCAUUGUUAAGAGCCAAUUUUAGCAUUAAAAGUUGGUCCAUGGUUCUCACCAAUUUAAGAGAGUUUCUGCAAAAGAAUAUGUCAUUGCUGGGUGAAGAAUACCCAGAUGAUCUCAAGGCCAAGGAUCAUCCUCAAUGGACUUGGAACUUAACCAAACAGAAACAUGACGAGUACUUUAUGCUGUAUGAAAUUUACCCAAGGGGAUCUGGUGCAGAGGAGGUCCCAGAUAUAACAAUGAUAGAUCUGCUAUUUGGAUGUGCUCAGCCGCGAGGGAAGUACGAGGUCUUGUUUUGGAAAUCUCAAAUACCACCCUACUUUAAUUAUAUUUGUACAUGUGAGACUGUGGUCUGUGAACAGUAA